AAAACACACCAACAUCUACAUCUCAUAAAACUUAACAACCUUCAUUUAGAAACUUUCUUUAGAUCCACUUUUCAUUCUAUAAGAUAUCAUUUAUGGAUCAAUUCAAUUUCCAUAAGAUAUCAUUCCCUAAUUUAAUUAAGCUUUUCCCAUUUUUAAUUUCACUAUCUUUGUUUCCUUUCAUUUAUUCUCCUUCUUCCUUAAUUUCUUUCCUCCAUCACUUCAACUUCUACUUAUCUACAUUCUCUCACCAACUAUUCACCCAUACCAUAGACAAAAAUAGCAUGUUCCUCCUAUGCAAUGGUCUACUUGUUUUUGUUGGAAUAACAAGAUCUUUAUAUGGGUCUAGUAGUCUUGAUGAAUCUUUUAACUAUGUUGAAGCUAAAGAACCAAUGUUGGUGGUGAAGGAGAAAAUCAAUUACCCUUAUCAAGAGAACAUUGAAGGUGAGUACACAAAAGAAAUCAAGUACUCUAGUGAAGAAGUAGAAGAAAAAGUUAAAGAUAUAAAUUUGGAAGAAGGAAAAGGAAGUAGCAUAUUAAUUUUGGAACAAGAGGAGGAGCUAGAGAAAGUAAGUAAGAUAUUUGAUGAAGAGAAAGACAAAGAUUCAAAAAUGGGUGAGUUUAUGAUUGGAGAAAGAGUUGAAGAGCAAGAAGUUGUAGAAGAAGUAAAUUGGAUGAUAAGUAAUGAGGAGUUGAAUAAAAAAUUUGAUGACUUUAUUAAAAGAAUGAAGGAAGAUUUGAGGAUUGAAGCUCAAAGGCAAUUAGUCAUGGUUUGAUUUUGAUUAAUUAGGAACUAUCAUGAUGAUUUUUAUGUUAGAUUUUUUUUUUGUUUUUUAGGAUUUUUUUUUACAAGGUCUUUUGAAGGAGAAUUCACCUACCUUUUACAAAAUGUAGUUUCAAUACAGACUAAUAAAGUUAUAAUAGAUUCUCGAUAUUAUAUAAUA